AUGCGAUUAUUGAAGGGUUCAGAAGAGCUAUUUAUCUCACUGGACAAUAAAUUUGGUAUUGCUAAUACUCUUAGACGUCGUGCUGAUGCACUAGUUCUAAACAAACAGUACGAUGAAGCUAUUCAUGUUUAUCGACAAGCAAUAAAACACUACAGACAAAUAACUGACCAACAAGAAAAUAUUGCCAGUUGUCACAAUGGUUUGGCUGAUGCAUAUUUAGGACAACGAAAGUAUGCGCAAGCAAAAUUUUAUUACUCGAAAGCAUUGAAGUGUCGACAGGCUCAUCUGCCAGCUGAACAUCCGGCGAUCGCACGAAGUUACUUUAGUUUAGGACGUUAUUAUUAUUAUAAAGGGAAUAAUAAUGAAAAUGCACUGCUCUAUUUAAAGAAAGCAUUAGAACAAAAAAAGAAGAUUUAUCCGCCGGAUCAUCCAUCGAUUCAAUGUAAUGAACAACUUCUAAAACAAGUCGAAGCAGCUGGUGCACGAUAG